UCCAAUCUCCUCCUGCGAUGGUGGAGGUGUUUUGCCCUGCAUUUUGAUUGCCCUCACCCCUGGAUGUCUGUGGGACGGUUCCAGGCCCCACUGUCACCUGUCCUGUCCUCUGCUGUGACCGCCUGGGUGUACGGGGGCCACGCUGGCUCACUGGGCCAAUAAAAACCAGGCUGUCCAGGUGGAUGGGCACAGGUGUCCCCUGCUGUCCUCAGCUGUCACCCCGGUGCCACUCGGGCCCGUCCAGGGACCCGCCUGGCACGCUCAGCCCGUGCGGGGACAGCCGGACUCUGCCCCGGGGCUGCCCCUGCAUCUCCCAACAGCUCCCAUGUGACUCCAGGAAAGAGGGUUUGGCCACACCUGUGCCACUCACAGCUGUCUUCAUCUGUCAGCAGGAAGCAGGGAGGAAAGAAACCAGGGCAGGAAGGAGGGAAAAGGAGGAAGAAAAGAGAGCAGGUAAGGGGAGGACAGGAGGAAGAGAGAGAGAGGGAGAGGUAACGAGGCUGCAUUCAGCAGUGAGGAGCGGAGUGGCCGAUAUCGCCCUGCCAGAAGCUUCCAAUGUCCUCCUCAACCUCCACCAGCACUUUGCCCAGCGGCCUGGCGGUGCUGACGACCUUCCCAGAUGUGCUCUUCAUCCCUGAAAUCAUCUUUGGGGGCCUUGUGUGGAUCCUGGUGGCAUCCUCGGAGGUCCCAGACCCCAUGCUGCAAGGCUGGGUGAUGUUUGUCUCCGUGUUUUGCUUCGUCAUGUCCAUCUCCCUCCUGUGCCUCUACCUCUGCGGGGCUCACGGCGGCGGUGGCUGCUGGGUCACCUUGGAUGUCAUCUGCCAGGGGACAGCAGCGCUGUUCUACCUCAGCGCUGCCGUGCUGGAAGCCUACAUGACCUACGCCCUUGGAGUGCUGCUCCCGGGACAGAAGUACAGGGAGAACAUAGCUGCUGUGGUAUUUGCAUUCGUGGCCACCCUGGUUUACGUGAUCCACAAGGUGUUCUCGCUCCUGAGGUGGAAAUCAUCCUGAACAACCCCAGGAACAAUGACUGCCAUCUCCAGGCUGGGUUUGGGUUUAGUUUUUUAAUGUAUAGCCUAUAAGCAAGCAGCUUUUUAUGUGGGAUCUUGGUGAUGAAGACACCAAGGAGCCUGCCAGAGAAAGGAAUAUGGCACAAUCUGUUUCCCUUCAAUAUCUUACAGGCUGGGAACAGUUUGAUGCUGGGGCCAAAAUAAAAAAAAAAAAAAAAAAAAGCCAUCCAGUUUUAAAAACAUUAUAUAGUUGGGUUCAAAGGGCUAAAAUAUCUUUGGACUGCACCUUUAUGUGUCCAGGGUUGUUACUGGUAUCAGGGGAAAAGUGACCAACAAGCACCGAGGAGCACAAGUGUGAAACGGUGUCAUUUUAAUUGCUGCGUGCCCAUUUACAUCUGUUCCCCCCCUAAAGCUGCUGCACAAAUUAAUAUUUUCAUGCAGUUUCUGAAAAUGCCUUCUCUGACUUGUGAUGAGCAAAUGGGGACAAUAUUUAACUCGGCUCAGGAGCAACGUGGAUCCUUGCAGCUCCUGAAGGGUGCUGCUGAAUUGUGAGGCACGACCAGGAAUUACCACUGCCUUUGAUCCCCCUACAAAGCACAACCUGGAAGGGGCCCAGUAGGCUGUAGGAGAACUCUUUGGGUGAUCAGAAUCAAAUCCUCAAUAAGCAGAGGCAAUCAACUCCUGCUUUUGGUGAAUGGCUGCUCGCUCACACACUGCCAUGGUGUCACUAAUAAAGACGGGUUUGCUGUGA